CUGACAUCUGACAUGUCGUAUUUAACCUCUAAAAAAAUUAAAAACAAAAAUAUUUUGAUAAAUAGUUCAUGUUAAGAAAUCAAAGCAAAAAUGAGUCUUGGUGGAAGAAAUCGUUUAAGUAUUUUAGAUAAACCGUUAAGUAGAGGAAAGGGUGAAGUAUCUUUAAGUUGUUUUGCCCUAUUAUUUUCCGAAGUAGUUCAGUAUUGUCAAAAUAAGUCCCAGACAUUACCAGAACUACAAAACAGGUUGCACGAGCUCGGUCAAAAAGUCGGUUUGAAACUAAUAGACUUGUAUUUUAUAAGAGAACGAGGUGGUAAACGUGAAACGAAGCUACUUAGUAUACUUCUUUUUAUUAAAUCAACUUUUUGGAAAGCGCUAUUCGGGAAAGAAGCAGAUAAGUUAGAACAUUCCAAUGAUGAUGAAAAUACUUAUUAUUUGAUGGAAAAAGAGCCUGUUGUAAAUAAAUUUAUUUCAAUACCUCGAGACAAGAGUAGCUUAAAUUGUGCUGUGUAUAUUGCUGGUAUUAUAGAAGCCGUGUUAACAGGAACAGGUUUUUAACCAGCAAAAGUAACAGCUCAUUGGCAUAAAGGAACCACCUACAUGAUUAAGUUUGAAGAGUCUGUUUUAGCCAGAGAUAAUCAAGUUGAAGACAGAUAAAACUGAACUUUGUACAAAAUAAAGUAUUUUUCUCAAUAAGAAAUUCCAUAUAUAUGAAAAUAAAUAUAUAAGUACCUAGAUGUAAAUAUUUUGUUUUAGAACAAUUAUAUUGUAUUUUCUUUUCAAUUUUUUAAU